GCCAUCUUGGCCCUAAAGCGAAGUGUCAGUUUUCGAACAGCAAGCAAAGGCAUCACUCGCCUGCCCAAGUCCCACACUGACACUUCAGAGCGCUUUAUGUUUGUGAGGCAGUAAUGUGUACGAGCUAGGUAGCAACCCCAGCUAUCUGCUCCAUAAAACGCGGACGGGCGUCGAAAUAUACCGCUAAGAGUCAUUCUGUUUUCUGACCUACAGUCCGACCUACUCAACUGGGAAUUGUAACGUUUUUAGCGGACAGCUAUGGGUGCGCUGGGUAACGGCCGUCGAGGAGGAAGAUCCCCACCUUUAAUGAUUGCUGCUCUAAUCGCCUGUAUCUUGGUUUUGGGUUUUAACUAUUGGGUCUCCAGCUCCCGCAACCUGGAACUACAGACCAAGCUAUACGAGCUGGAGGGCCAGGUGCGACGUGGGGCCGCUGAGCGAGGAGCAGCCGAGAUUAAGAAGAAUGAGUUCCAGGGGGAGAUCCAGAGACAAAAGGAGCAAAUCAGUCAUAUCGAAAGCUUUUACAAGAGACAGCUGGAGGGAGCCCAGACCACCUGCAAUCAGGAGAAGACCAUACUGCAGCAGAACAUUUCAUCAAGCACCAAAACUGUACAGGAACUCAAAGUUCAGCUGAAUCAGUUAAAUGAUGACUUGGGGAAACUUCAGAAAGAGCUGAAGAAUUGCCAAGGCAACAUAAACACCCUGAACAACAAACUCACUUAUGACAUGACCCACUGUAACUCCCAGGUCCUAUCCCAGAAGGAGCUGUGUGAAGAGAGAGUGGCAGCCGCUAAACUUGAAGUUCAGAAGAAGAUGGAAAAGCUCAUGUCACCUCCAGGUUUGUCUCCGCAGCAGGGAAAUACAGAGACUGAAGCGGUAAAAGAAGUCGCAGACAAAACCAGUCCAGGUCAGGCAGCAACUGCUGAGAGCCAAACACCAGGCUUCUCUCAGCUGAGAGGAAAUGAAACAUCCGACCUGAUGGCCACCGACAUUAUCCUGGACAAAGAUGUCUCAGUGCUGAAGCCUCCAGAAAAAGAUCUGUCGAACGAAGAGCCCCAGUUUGAUCCGUCUGCUGCUACAGCUAAGCAAGACGUAUUGCCGCCAGAAGAAGAAGCUGUCAGAACUGAUGAAGUGGAGGAAGAGGCUGGUAAAAAUAAUAAGAAGAAUCCAGCUGUGGACAAGGACAUUGAAGUGAUGGACACCCGUGAAGACGGCACUCAGACGGAAGAGGCAGACCCUGGGAUGGAGGGCAUGCUGAUUGGUCAGGGAAAGGUUGACGAGACUCCAAUUGGCCAGAGGAUUGAGGAACAAGACGAGUAUGAUGCAGACGAGCAAAUAGUGGGUGGAGUAGAUUUGGAGCAACAGCAGAAGAGUAAACAGGCUGAAAAUACAGACAAAGAUAUGGAGGAGGAACUGGCUGACUACAAUGGAGAUGAUGAGAAUGAAGGGGAACAUGGAGAGCACGUCACACCGGAGGACUGGAUUGUUGUGCAGCACACAUAGAAAGCAAAACCAUCUCAAAUGGAAAUUCCUCCGUAUCACUAAAUUGGGUGAUUAAUUCAAUCAUUUCUUUUUCUUUUGUGGAGUGUCUUUCAUCGGCCAUUUUCAAAUGUUCUCACCAGCCAUUCAGUUCUCUUAGAGAAUGGCAAACAUGACUGAAGACAUUUUAGGACCUGAAACCAUUUGGCUGGAAAAAAUAGAGCACCUCCACAUGCCUGAUCAAAAUCAGAAGAUUUUGAUGAUGUGUUGACAUGUGUUAUGGCCACCCGAUAACAGCUGUGAGCUGAGGUAUGUGCAGAGCCUUGUAGGGUUACAGGGUGUGAAAUGCUGUGACACGUUUAGAAGAUAUCAGUGAUUCCAGAGACCGAGCUCUGCCAGCAGAGGGCUGUGCAGCACAGUCCUCUACUUUGUGAUCCUACAACACAGCCUUAAGCAUGUCCCCGACAAACUCUUUCAAACUUCAGACAAAUUAGGCUUUACACAGCAGAAGAAAAGGAUAGAAAUGCUCUCUUUCCUUUUAUAAUCCACUGAAUAGGAAUUCCAUGUUGCCAUAAAAGCUAAUGCAGGAUUAUUAACGGUCCACAUAACCAGUAAGAAUAUUAUACCAAUAGACAAUGGCGAGUUUUUUAAUUUUCUUAUUUCUGUGGCAUAGAAGUGACACUUAAGUGGCCUAUCAUGUGAGCUGUGUCUCGUAUCACUAAUGGUCUCCAGGUUCAAAUUUAGCAGCUUUCUACCGCAAAUAUAAUUACAUUAGAAGAAUCUUUUCUACUAAGUCAAACAGCUGGAAAGUGGAUGGUGUCUUUAAAUUUGACAUUUUGAUUCAUGCCUUAUCGAUUCAGGUUAUUUUCCCAUUUUCCAUUCCCAGUGUCAACUGUUGCUGAGAGUGUGUGUAGAACGUAAUCAGAUGGAAUACAUUUUUAAUUUGUACAUACUGUCUAAAAUGUAGCUGAGCGUGAAUGAGAAUUCUGAGACUUGCUGUAAAAUAAUGAAGGACCUCUCCUACAGAGCUGGGUCAGUACGUAGGGCGUCGCUGAUUCUUCAAGCCGGUAGAUGUGAAUUAUUUUGGAGUGCUGCCUAAAUGUACGUGUGUUCCAAGUAAAUCUGCACUGGACUGGAAAUUGAUGGAGCCAGAAGGAGCCAAAAGUUUGUUAAAUGUUUUGGGGGAAAAUCUGUUGCCUUUUGUUUUAUACAAGACAGAUCGUGCAUUUUAUUCUACAGGUAGAAUUGGUUUUCUUCUGUUACUCGCAGCUUCAUUUCCAUGAUACUUUAUGAUCCUCAACAGUCCCUGCCAAAACUUGAUAAUCAUGCAAUAAAGAAAUUAUCUCAUUUUAAUACUGUUUUUUUGCAUAUCUGACAGCUUUCCCCGCUGUAGUUUUCGCCAUGUUCCAACUGGUCCUUUAAAGGCAGUUGCUCAGGAGCUUAUUGAAAGAUGAAUCACUCCUUUUCAUUUCAAACAUUUUUUUUUCUCUUAACCAACCGGUUCGGUCUUGUGUGUAGCUUUGUUUCUUUACAAAAAAGGAAGAAGAGGAAAGGUUUAAACAUGCACAUAACCAACACCUUUUCCCUUUAGAGACAAAGCUGCAUCCACAAGGUCUGAAAGGUUCAAUGCAGAUCAUGUGCAGAAUGUUGUGCACGACAACAAUGUUUCAACUUCAAUAAUAUACACAGAAUUAUUCUGAAAAACUGUCUCCAGGUUUCCUAAUUUUACUUGGUGUACUCACCAAGUAGUUGAUGUCCACAAAACCAUGUAAAGUCUGUGUGUCAAGUGAUCAUUUGUUUAUUGUUUCUCCUUUCGCUGUGUGUUUUUUAGCAGUAUUACUUUGUUUAGAAGUAGAAAUCAAAAGAUGUUGUAACAUCUACAGCAAGAAUUCAACUCAUACUAAAUAAACUCAUGUAUUUGUGGUGUUGGGCUGUCCACACACUGAAUCGGAGCAAUGUCUGACCUUAGUGGCGGCUUGUUGACUGCUGUCUUUCAUUUGAACAUCAGUCCCACAGCAGCCCUCCCAAAGAACUGUCUUCAUAUUCGGGUAAAAUAUCCCCUUUGAGUUCAUGGCGAACAAAUGUAAUGAUUUUUACAAAGUUGUAGACUCUCAUGUUGAUUUGUCUUAUUGUUUUGUCUUUAUUAUGAUUAUGAACUGAAAGAUUGAAAUGAAUCAUAGUCAUUGUUGAUGAUGGAUAAUUAAAAUGUUUUUAAUA